AUGGUCCUCAUGCCUGCUUUGCCAGGCAGCCUGGACCACUAUCCUCCGUACAUCGCUCCUUACAUUCAACCAGACGUGGAAUGUGAUGACCCUCAGGCUAUACACUUGCCAAUAGCAGAGAAACCCGUGGUUGCUCCUCAAGCGCCAGUUCUGAUUCCACAGUUCAACCCUGUGAUGGUAGCAACCCCUUCACUUGCUGAACCUUGCGAGCCUGCUUUAGUAGCAGAAACUACAGCUAUGGAUAUUCCCGCACUACCAGUUAUAAUGCCUGUUGUGCCCGAAAUUCAACCUGAACCUUGUUUGGAUGAAGUAGUUGCGAUCCCGGAUAAGCCUAUUGUAGUACCACAGCCCCCCGAACUACCAACAUUCGUGAUGCCUGAACUCCCGGCUGUUGAAGAAAACCCUGUUCCAGACUAUGUACCACCAAUGCCGGUUAUUGAACCCGUUUUUGCACCUGAAAUGCCUAUUGUGAAUAUUCCUGUAGCGCCAGCCUUACCUCCACAAGCCAUGCCCGUUUUGCCCCAGAUCGUAGAAACUGAACCUUGUGUCAACGAAGAAAUUGUUCAAGAAAUCCCUCAGCCAGGGCUGCCAGUAAUAGUACCGCAAGCGGCAGAGUUCCCUGCUCUUGUAAUGCCUGAGUUAACUGUCAGAAUUGAUGUUCGUUUUCCUGAGACGCUGUCGCCAGAGUUCAUUCCACUUCCAAUGCCGAUUGAAGAGCCUACCGUUGUCGCUAUACCUGAACCCGUUAUACAAGAAGCACCAGUUGCACCAGAACUGCCCACAGUCGCAAUGCCUGCUGUACAAGAAAUCGUACCACUACCAGAACCAUGUCUUGACGAAAUAAUCGUUCCUGAAGUUCUGCCUGUCAACGUUCCACAACCCCCUGUACUGCCAGAAUUUUUAGUGCCCAAAUGCCGAAGAAAGAAGCUUCUAUACCUGUGCAGAUUCCCAUGGCACCUGCUCCUGAGUAUACCCCACUGCCAGCUCCUGUGCCCCUGCCGAUUGAAAUAG